AUGAGAUUACUGUGGUCGCUAGCAUGGCUGGCCCUUACUGUCUGUGCGAAUGCGUUUAGACCUGGUAAGGAUCCCCUCCGCCAUACACAAACAAGAAAACAUCGUAGUCCACUCUCCAUACUGACAUGUGGUCCAAAACUGGCAUUGGCUGACACGGUCAGCCUAAGUACAAGCAAUUCACGCAAUGUUUCAGUGGGCUUCAUCCGCUUUGAGCGGAAUACCACGGCCCUGCAGAAACGCAUGGAGCUGCCGGGCGACAGCCUUGGCAAGUUCUACCAAAAAGAGCUGCCGCAUCUUACUGAGCCGAUCGUGCCACAUGAGGAGGCGCCCACGGCGGAGGAUAUGAGCACGGGGGUGAUGAAGGCUUUCAGCAGCGUGAGGCGCCGGCAGCAGUACAGCACAGGCACGGCACACCUUUCCGGCUGCACGACCAUGUACAUAAUUAGCCGCAAGGGUGUAUACGCUACACACUGGUGGGAGAACGUGUCGUUCGCCCCGGACCCCAUAUGGCGGAAUUCACCAGACCAAACGGACGAUGAGAUAUUUCAAGCCACGGUUAUUGACAUGUUAAGGAAUGGAGGAAGAUACCAUCCCAAACUAGACAAGAACCUUAUCGAGGAUGACUAUAUCCGGGCUUACCUUAUCCGCCCGGCCACUGCGUAUAAUGAGGGACCCGAUGGUGUCGGCUAUACACAGCGGUGGGCGCAGAUUCGCACCACAGUUGGCGAGCUUGUACCAAAGUUGCAGGACACCUCGCUGUGGACGGAAAUCCCGUACAACGCGCUGGACAAUGACGAUCCAGACCUUGAUGAGCAGGAUGGAACUAGUGGGAAGAAUCUCUUCAAGUACGACCCUUUGCAUAUCUUUGAAUCAGGCGUGAAGGGGCCUUUGGCGAUGCUAUGGGUUGAGGACAAGCUUACGCCGUACCAUGAGGACCACUGGUAA